UUCAGGAAACAGCUGGUUUUAAGUAUACCACUACGUGUUACCAGCCCGUGUCCUUUGGCUGCAUUUUUGGGGUGAUCGGCUCUGCUCCAACUGUGGUAUGUACCUGGAUGGCUAUUCUGUUUAGCAGUAGAGUUACUGUGUCUCAGACUGUGUUGUGCACUCUGCAGCUUGGGCAAUUAAUCAGUGUUGGGUGUGACAUCAUCGCUUGCCUUUGAUAUACAAAACAUUAGUAAACGGUACAUACCUUCUGCAGGUAGAUAACCUAUGAGUCAAACAAUCUUAACAUCAGCUCUUUGUAAAACCAGGGAAAGAUUGAAUCCCCAUUGCUGCUGGGCAGGGAGUUCCCUUCUACUCAGGGGUCAUCAGUGGGAGGACCGAUUUCUCCGUGGUCCAGCGGGAGGCGCCGCUGUUUUGUUUUGUUUCCUUUUUCUACAUUUUAAAUCAGCUGUUUGAAGGAAGUUCCCUGGCUGUGGCCGGAGUCCAGGAGGAAGAACAGCUGAUUCAUAUUGUACAAAUUUUAUACCGUUUUUAAUCUCUUUUUUUUUUUCUUUGUGCAGGCUGAGGCAGGAGGUGUGGGGUGUGGCCUCGGAGGUGGUGGUCCCGUGUGCGUGUGGUGGUGCUGGUUUUCUCACGUUGGUAUGAAUGUUCACUGCCAGGGGUCAGGAAAGAUGGCUGAUGUACCACAAGGUUCAAUGGUCAGACGGCCAUUGGCAUUUGCCAAUGAGGAGCAGAGGGCUGUUCAUACCUGGUCCCGGAUCUCAUCAGCAGGGCAUAAUGUUCUCUUGGAUGCUCUGAAGAUCCUCAGCCCGAUGUCCCGAGACCUCUCAAGUACAGAGGAUCUUGUAAUAUUUCUGCAGGAGUUAAGUGAGGAGGGUCACAGACCCACUGUUCUCUUCAGCAAGGAUGUUUAUAGGUACCGUUCUUGUACAAGCCAACCUCUCACUGAAGAUAUGCUGAAGUUGGCCAAUAAGAAUAUUAGACCUACCAGCAAGAAAAGGAAGAGAAAGCCUCAGGUCAAGAAGAGGGAGGUGCACCCAUCCUGGAACACGUCUGAGAGAAACAAUCCGAGGAUUAAAGGAAUUCGACCUCCAGAAAUGUUGUUAGACCACCACACCAUUGUCUAUAACAGGACACCUAGUCGAAGUGUUGAGAUAUUGCAGUCGGACAUGCAGCCAUGCCUCAGGCUUACUAAUAUUGAAGGCCUGUCUGGCUUCCACACUGCAAGACUCCAGAUCCAAACUGUCUGGGACUCCGAGACACGCUCUGUUAUGUUCUCAUCACAGCAGCACCCUCCAUUGCUUUCAGGAAUACCUUCUCAGCCUUCUCAAAAUGAUGACAGGGCACCCACCAAAGCUGUGGCCUUGUUCAGCCAGAAGAGCCUGUCUUGCCCAAUCAGGCUGGAUGGCGCCCUUAUCGGGGAUUCUGCACCAGUUUUCUAUGCCAAUGGUCGGACAUUCUCGCAGGCCCACACAGAGAUGACCAGCAAUGGCUGGAGAGGGAACGGCCUCCAUCAAGAUGUUCGAGGAGCCAAGGAAAUGAAUAAUUCUUCACGACAGAGAAGUAGCUGGAGGGACAAGAAAAGUUUACGGCAGAAAGUGAUAAAAAUUGAUGACUCUCGCCCAGUGGACGAGGCUUGCAGAAAAGCACAGAAAAUUCUACAGGUGAACCUUUCUCCUGUGAUUCAGAUCCAACCACUUAACCACUUGCUGAGAGACUUCAAGUUUCAGAAGAAAUGAAAGCCUCCAACACACAACUCAUAACCUUCUCCUUCAGCAGAAGUUAGUGUUUUUCAUUUGUUUAGCCUCCACCUGGCAGUGUUCUUGUCCCUAGCAGAUGUCUUACAUGGGUUUCUGUGAUCUCUGCUGGGUGUUGAAAAUGAAACAUCUGGGAAGAUGCUUUUCCUAGCAGGCUGUUGGCCAAAUGCAGGGGUUUUUCACUGUUAACAUAAAGUUUACAAAACAUAAGAACAACAGAUCAGCUUUGACUUUCUGGCUUCUCUCAAUGUUCACAGAAGAUAAGUACCUUCCCUUCAGCCAGUGUCAAGUGUAGGAUGAUGUUUAAAAAUUUAAACUAAAGCAGAGUGUUAAGAAUUUGAGUACUUUUUAUUAGUUUUUGCCUGCAGCGCUUUUUCCUGCCACACCAGAUCAUUUUGUAGACCGAAGGAAAGUUGAAGCUAUUGUUGAAAGAAGGUAUAAAAUCCCCAUUAAAUUGCAACUUUCAUAAAUAGGGGGAAAGGUUAAUGAGUUUGUCUUCCUUUUUGUAACAUCAGUAAAUAUCAGGAGGACUAUUUUAUUGUAAUAUUGAUUUUGUUGCCCAUGAAAUGAUCAGUUAAAACUAAUGUUAUUCACAAAGUGUUCCUUUAGUUGAUGAGUCAAAAGUGCAAGACUGCAAUGAAUAUUUGCCCUACUUACCUGCAGAAAUUCAAGGAAACGGAUGUUUUAUUCUGGGUUUUCACACAACUUUCCACUACGGAUUAAGAUUUUGUAAUUCCGUGUUUUACAAAUUUCAGUCUUUUGAUUCAGAACAUAUCCCGAUAUUUUGCCUAAUCUAAGAUCUGGAAUGUAAAAAUGUUCACGUCAAAUAAAAAAAAACAGUGGUUAUCGUUAGAUUAAGUUUGUGAGCAUUAAACAAAGUGCUGUUAUGUUUUUGUUGGGUGAGCUUAAAAUGGUUCACUUUGUGACCACUUUGCCAUGUCAGAAAAAGUUUUGCCCAGCUCAUUUUUGCUGUCAAAACAUUGAUAGAAAGAAGCAGAGUUGAUAUGGCUCAUUUAAAAUUUGAAGAAAGGCGUUUAGCAGUUCUGUUUCCAACUACAAACUGUUAUUUUGCUGCAGCAUUCAGAGCAUCUGUGAAAUUUUCCCUAUUGUUUUCUUUUUUUUUUUUUUGUUUAGUCCAGACUGGUUUUAACACGGGUGCUAACUUAAUGAUGUUGCUGCCACAGAAUGUUACAUAGUUUCCCUUAUUUCUAUUUCAGACUGGUGCAUUUAGAGCAGCAACCUCUCAUUAGGCAUUGGUAGCACUGCUGCCCCCUGCAGGUCGAAAUGAGCAUGCCAUACCGCCUUCUGUGCUUUCCAAAGUGUUAAUACUGUGAGAAACAACCUGCAUCCAGCUUCAUGUUAUUUGUAACAAACUUCUGUCCAUUCUUUGAAACACAAUCCUAUUUCAUAGCAUAAUUAAAACAAAAAAAAUUCUGCACUAAUAUUUAGAAAAAGGUAGCUUGGCUAAAUUUAAACCAUUAGCCAUCUUAGUCAUUUUGCUGGAGCAUCCACUUCUCAUUAUUAAAUGCCUUUGAGAGAAAACAAAACAUUUGUUUGUCUUGAAAUUUUUUUAAUCAAGAAAAGGCUCCAAACUCCAGAUGUACCAAUACAAUUUGAUAAACUAUUGUCUUUUCAGAAACCAAGAAAAUAUCUUUCACUAAAUUGGAAUUCUAGUCAGACAUCAGUUUUGUUUAAUUACAAAGUCAGCAAAAAAAUAUGGGAAAAAAGAAAAUAAUUGAAUUCAAAACCCUUUGACUGCUCUAAAGAUAUCUGUUUUCUUGUUUUAAACUUGGACCAUUUCAGCAGUGGGUGACCAGCUUACAGAUUUCCUUGUCUGUUUAGAGGAUUCUGAUGUUCAUGAAGUCUUUGUGCCCUUCCUGGUUGGUCUGUACUUGGUCAUGUUCAUGCCUUUUUCUAGAUCUUAUGUUUGUCUUCUAUGUGCAACAUUUGUAUUAUAAUGUAUUUCCUACAUGAUCUUUAAAAACAUUUUUGUUCAAUAAAAUUUACCUAAAAUAUA